CGAGAACAACAAGAGAUCAUCAACACAAGGCCUUCCAUGCAGACAGGAUUGGAUAUUAAGGAAAUUAAGCGGAUGACUUAUUUAUCAAAGGUUAUUGAUGAGAUGCUGCGCAGAACAACUAUCUCCUUUGCAAACUUUAGACAGGCAAAAGUUAAUGUUAACAUCAAUGGUUAUACCAUACCAAAAGACUGGAAAAUCUUGGUUUGGAACAGAGGUGUUCACAUGGAUCCUGAAAUUUAUCCCAAUCCAAUGGAAUUUGAUCCUUCCAGAUGGGAUAAUUACCGUCCUAGAGCAGGGUCUUUUCUUCCGUUCGGAUUAGGAAGUCGGUUAUGUCCUGGAGGUGACCUAGCCAAGCUUGAGAUCACCAUUUUCCUCCAUCAUUUUCUUCUAAAUUACAAAAUGGAGAAGGUUAAUCAUGAUUGUCCAGUGAUUUACUUACGGGUGCCAAGGUCAAGUGACAACUACCUUGCAAGAAUUGUGAAAGCCACGUAA